GGAAGAACAUCGGGGACAGCGCCACUCUGACCAGGGGCACGAUGAGGUCGCUUCGUUUCAUUUCUGCUGAAGCGUUAGUGUCCCACUCCCAGCUGGUCCAGGAGAACCUGGACAAUAUAGCCUACAACCUCUACCCACUUCUGUUCAAGGCCAGUUACCUGCUAGAGCAGGCAGAUGUAACCCGUGCUCUGCUGAGUCACUGGCCACUGGAGGAGUUCCGGCUGGCUGUGCUACUGAGGCCAAACACUGACCACCCUGAAGACCUGCGUGAUCGUGCCUGCAAGGCCUGCCUGGAGGCCUGUAUGCAGGGCAUAGCUGACCAUGUGCUGAAAAGUGGGAGCAACCGCCUUCGGGUAGCUGAUUUCACCGGCAUCCAGGACGUACAGGUGCAGCAAUGUCCUUGUGGGAGGGCACUAGGAAGGUGGGGCCGUACCAAGGUGCUGGCCAGGACCUGCUGCCAGCUCCAAGGACAGCCCUGUUCAGCUGGGCACCCCAUUGAAGUCUUUGCUGACCUCUUUGUCACAGAAGGCAACUUUGACAUGGUGGUGCAGGCCCUGAAGCCAUUAGGCCCAGCACCUCUGCAGGUCUGUUGCCCUUCACUCCGGGCAGACAGCCUGAGCCCUGGGCAGCUCCUACAAGUUCUUGGCCUGGCUGGGCCAGGCAACCUUAGAAAGUUGGAGGUAGUACACAAUGUCCGGCUGCAUGCUGGCCAUGUGCAGCAGCUGCUGACCCAGGUGGGCUUCCCUCAGCUGACCUCACUCACCUUGCCCACCAAGGCCUUCGAUGCUCCCCCAACUUGUGCCCCAGAUCCAGAGGGCGAGGAUCUUCUCCUUACCUCUAUUGCCUGGGAGCUCAGCCAGAUGAACCAGCUCACUGAGCUAAGUGUGGCUUUCUCUACACUCACUGGGAAGAUCCAAACAUUGCUUAGCCCCUUGAAGACCCCACUAAGAGUGUUGGACCUAGCCAACUGUGCCCUUAAUCAUGAAGACAUAUCCUUCUUAGCAGACUGUAACCACACUGCCCACUUGGAGGUGCUGGACCUCAGUGGACACAACCUGGUACACCUGUACCCUUCUACCUUCUUCAGGCUGCUGAGCCAGGCUGCCCAAACACUGAGAGUGCUCACCCUCGAGGAGUGCAACAUCACAGACAGCCAUGUUAACAUGAUGAUUCUGGGCCUUAGCCCUUGCAGCCAGCUCCAGCAGUUCAAGUUUCUUGGAAACCCGCUCUCAGGCAGUGCUCUCCGGCGCCUUUUUGCUGCACUCUGCGAACUCCCUAGGCUUCGCCAUAUUGAGUUCCCAGUACCAAAGGACUGCUACCCCGAGGGUGCCAUCUACCCUCAGGAUGAACUGUCAGUGUCCAAAUUCGACCAACAGAAAUACGACGUGAUUGCAGAGGAUCUUCGAGCAGUACUGCUUCGAGCUAACCGGGAGGACAUCCAGGUCUCCACCCCACUUUUUGGAAGUUUUGAUCCAGACAUUCAUGAAACCAGCAAUGAACUUGGUACUUUUUUGCUGCAAGCUUUCAAAACUGCUUUGGAAAACUUUUCCAGAGCACUAGAACAAAUGGAGUAGGUCCUGGAAUCGUGCUGUAAGAGGCUGUGCAUUUCUAGUGCCCUGAGGUCAGUCCUGGACCAGAUGAUCAGGCUCAACCAUUUGUCACCAGCAGCAACACUGCCACAAGAUUUCCUCAGAGAAAACUGCAGGCGUACUCGUUACGUGCUCUAAGAGGAAGCCAGAUACAUAAAUGAGACAUGAGGUGCUCCUGUGUGUUAGCACAGCAAGAUCUUAAAGCAGAGGAGAAGCCACCUUACACCAAGACAGAAGGUGGAGAAUGUGGUCACCAGGGCAGGAUGUAGUGGGAACAGGGUCAACUACUUAGCUCUGAUGCUGUGAGGGGAAGAAAUGAGAAAAUUCACCACAUGUAUAUCAAAAUGUAUAGAAACAGCAGCUCAUAAAAAAUAGACACUGAGCCGGACGUGGUCGCGCACGCCUUUAAUCCCAGCACUCGGGAGGCAGGGGCAGGUGGAUUUCUGAGUUUGAGGCCAGCCUGGUCUACAAAGUGAGUUCUAGGACAGCCAGGGCUACACAGAGAAACCCUGUCUUGAGGAAAACCAAAAACAAAAAACAAACAAACAAAAAAAAGACAUUGAAAAUAAAAAUGAACCAGACCCCUGAGCUAGCAGUUUAGUUAUGUUCUAUCUGCUGUGUAUUUUACCAGAUGACAUCGGCUACACAGAAAUGUGGGGGAUGGGGUGAUGAUCAGUUUUCUAUCGGUGGCUGUUUGGGCUUUGUUUCCACCUGCAGCAGAUUUUUAUCGUCUUUUGGUGACUGAGGACAUCUAGUCACUGAAAUAUGCCCAGUGUUUCUUGGCAUACUCUGAUCUGCUUUCUGCUUAGAGUUCAGACUGUAAGACAGGCAUGUCUAACCUGAACAGUCUAUGCAGUCACAUGUGACAGAGGAUAGCUAUGAACGUAGCGCAUUACAAAGUUGGAAACUUACUGAAGACACUGAGAUGAUUUUUUUGAAACUCGUGACUCAGUUUUCAAGAAUGAGCUUUGUAAAUGUUAACAUAUCUAUAAGGCACACGAAUCACUGCUCCUCCUCAGAAUGGCUGAGGCCUGGCCCUUUGCAACUCCUUUGAGAAACAAAUCAUCACGUAAGAAAGACUCGUUUAGACUUUAUUUCCAGUAUUUGCUUUGCCAAAGUACUACUGUAAUGAAAUGCUAAUAAAAUAGGAGUGUGGC